AUGAGCGGACUCCGGUUUCUCGAUCUCAUCAAGCCUUUCACGCCCCUCCUCCCGGAGGUGGCCGCCCCGGAAACCAAGGUUCCCUUCAACCAGAAGUUGAUGUGGACGGGGUUGACUCUCCUGAUCUUCCUGGUCAUGAGUCAGAUGCCUUUGUACGGAAUUGUCUCCUCUGACACCUCCGACCCUCUGUACUGGCUCCGUAUGAUGCUGGCCAGUAACCGGGGUACCCUGAUGGAAUUGGGUAUCACCCCCAUCAUCUCCUCCGGCAUGGUUUUCCAGCUCCUCGCUGGUACCCACCUCAUCGAUGUCAACCUGGACCUUAAGACCGACCGUGAACUGUAUCAGACCGCUCAGAAGCUCUUCGCUAUCAUCCUGUCCUUCGGUCAGGCCUGCGUCUACGUCCUCACUGGUCUUUACGGCCAGCCCAGUGACCUUGGUGCCGGUAUCUGUGUUCUCCUGAUUGUUCAGCUGGUCGUUGCUGGCUUGGUUGUCAUUCUGCUGGACGAGCUCCUCCAGAAGGGCUAUGGUCUUGGUAGCGGUAUCUCUCUGUUCAUCGCGACCAACAUCUGCGAGUCGAUCGUCUGGAAGGCUUUCUCCCCCACGACCAUCAACACUGGCCGUGGUCCCGAGUUCGAGGGUGCCAUCAUUGCCCUCUUCCACCUUCUCUUGACCUGGUCCGACAAGCAGCGCGCUCUUCGUGAGGCUUUCUACCGCCAGAACCUCCCCAACAUCAUGAACUUGCUGGCCACUCUCCUCGUUUUCGCCGCUGUGAUCUACCUCCAGGGCUUCCGUGUCGAGAUCCCCGUCAAGUCCUCCCGCCAGCGUGGCAUGCGUGGUUCCUACCCUGUUCGCCUGUUCUACACCUCCAACAUGCCCAUCAUGCUCCAGUCUGCUCUGUGCUCCAACAUCUUCCUCAUCAGUCAGAUGCUGUACUCUCGCUUCUCUGACAACCUCCUUGUCAAGCUUCUCGGUGUUUGGGAGCCUCGCGAGGGUUCUGCCCAGCUCCACGCCGCUUCCGGCAUUGCCUACUACAUGUCUCCUCCCCUGAACUUCAAGGAGGCCCUUCUUGACCCCAUCCACACCGCCGUUUACAUUACCUUCAUGCUGGUCGCCUGCGCUCUCUUCUCCAAGACUUGGAUCGAGGUUUCCGGCUCUGCUCCCCGUGACGUUGCUAAGCAGCUCAAGGACCAGGGUCUCGUGAUGGCUGGUCACCGUGAGCAGAGCAUGUACAAGGAGCUCAAGCGUGUCAUCCCUACUGCCGCUGCUUUCGGUGGUGCCUGCAUUGGUGCCCUGUCCGUCGCUUCUGACCUCCUUGGUGCUCUUGGCAGCGGUACUGGUAUCCUCCUUGCCGUCACAAUUAUAUACGGAUACUUCGAAAUUGCCGCCCGUGAGGGCGACAUUGGAUCAGGCCUCAAGGGCCUUGUUCCGGGUAACUAA